UCGAGCCCGAAAGAGGAAAGUUGUUAUAUUAUCGAACUCAACCUGAGACCAGAGCGUAAUUUGUUUUGAUUUGACCUGGAAGUGAAGUGUCGCUCUGUCAAAACCCCGCUUUCAAAAUAAAAGCUUGGGCAGUUGUGUAUUUGGGGUUCGCAUUAUAAAAAUCCCAAUAUAUUGUUAAAUUACUAAAAUCAGAUUCCAUGCAUUAUGUCGGCAAAUGAGCUUCAGCUUGACAGAAUCAUUUUCAGAGUCAAAUUAAUUUAAAAGUAUUAAAUGUACUUCCUGUGGCCACCGCGGGAACGUUUUCAGCUCAGCCCAGGAACCAGUUUAGAAACGUUACCUUCGUUUCCGUCGGAGGAAUCUGCGUUUAAACUUAGUUCCUGAUGCCCAAAAAGUUCCCGCUCAUCACACCCGUUCAAACCUCAGAGAGCGCUAAGUGCAACACGAUGACGUGUGCGUGUGUGUGUGUGUGUGUGUGUGAUUACAUUUUUUGGUAAUCGUCGUCGGAUUGGACUAAUCUUCGCGGCUCUUCAGAUCACAGUUCUGGAAAUGUGCAAACGGGACUUUUUAGUCUCUACUUUAGUUCCUGGAACGAUUUGGUCAAAAAGGAGUAUUUGUGUUCAGACCACUCCAAAUUUCUUUCUUUCAGAGUCGAGUGGGUUUUUUUUCCCAGCUCGUUUCCACCAGACUUGUUUGUUUCUUGUGCAAACUUAUUAGUACUAAGUUUUAAAAAGACGCAGAUAUUCUGUCCUGCGACCUGAAGCGCUCAGUAAACAGCCGGAGAGAAUGUGGAGAGCAGACAGGAGCGAGAGAGUCCGUGGAGCUCGAAGCCUAAAUCAGUUCUUCUGUCGUCUGUCGUCCACACAAACGCGUCACACCUGUUCAGUCCAGGUUACAUCUCGAUCAGGUGGAAGUGAGCAGAAAACACUAACAGGCGCUCUGCUAUACGAACGCUGAGGAGUGGUCACGAACAGACGGCCUGAAAUUAUAAUGCCUUUUAAUAUGGAUCAAUAUGGAUACGGAAACUGAUUAAAAUAAAAUAUAUAACCGAGACAAACUUAAUGCACAAUUAAUAUUCUGCUCUCCAUAUUAUCAUCAUGGCUGCCGAUUGACUGAGAGGUUUUUUUUUAGUUUUUUUUUUUAGAUUUUGUGAUGUUAUUGUCACGUUUCAUCACAGCAGUUUAUUCAGACAGCUCAGGCUUUACGCAAGUCUCCGUUAUAUCACCAGCUCUGUCACAUGACCGGCUCUGCUAAUCCAGUCAGACAGUAAUCCUCAGUUGCACCUGUAGUUUAAUUCUUAGUAAUUAUUUAAAAGUUUGAGUCGUGAUUCAGUGAGGGUUGUGAGGCUGAAGCCCUGUUGCUAUAGUUACCUGCAGUUUAAGUUAGCCUCAUGUAAAACCGGUUAAACUCCUGACCUGGUCUUUGUUUGAGGUGUCCUGUUAUGCGAUUUUAACUGACGCCCACCAGCCAAUCAGAAACAAGUAUUUCCCGUUGCCAUGGCAUCAUAAAGGUUAAACCAGCAGUUAGACGGGCUCCAUGACGCCUUUAUGUCCCAUGUUUUUAUUAGAAACACUGCUGGAUCAAAUGGAGCAGCAGCAGACUGUAAUUAUACUCAGUCCAGCGACUUUAACACCGAACGCCUGUUUCUGCCUCAAGAAGGAUUCAGUGUGAGCCGUUUAGCUGCACCUUCGAAUCUAAAAGUCCCUCUAAAUUACCUUUAAGAAUUUCUGGCAUGUAAUUUUUGUGCAGUUUCUGUCCUCAAACAGAGAAAAACAUCAAAUGUGCGACUCUCUCCUCGUCUUGGAGUUACUGAGUGCUGCAGGGUGAGUGAGCCGCUGCGAUCCGCAGAGCUGCAGUUGGCGUUUCAAAGGAAGCAAAGUCACUGAGAUGUUUCAAAGUUUGAAUUCAGGACGUUUUCCAGAGAGCUAAGACACCAAAAGUAUCUGCAGGGGGAAAAGCAGGAAAAUACCCAGAAUGCAGUGCAGCUGCAGGGCACUUUGGAGUCUGAAACUAACCUGGAAAAGGUUUUAUCUCCUACAUUCACACAAAAUUCCAGUUUCUGCAGUGUUCCUGCUCCUCGACCUGAACAUCUUUCACUUCUGGACAACCGUUUCUUGAAUUGAAAUUGAGGCUUUCCUUUUCUCCGUGAACCUGUCCGUCUUCUCGGAGCGAUCCAGGUGUAAACUACCUGUCUGGAGCCACGCUGACCUCGUUACACCUUCGUGACGAGAUGGUGAGCAGGUGAAAAGAAAACAUUAAAACAUCUCUGGAAUUCGAGCAGAGCCGAUGUUGAUGAUGCUGAAGCAACGAAAUACUGUGUUUUAGAGUGGAGCGACUGACGAGGUCAGUUCUCUGCAGCCCGUCGCUCUGUGGCUGCGAGGCGCCUUCCCCCGGGGGGGAGAGGGGGGGAGGCAAAGACACUGCGUCAGGUGAACAGGACAGGUGCAUGCAGGUGUGUUGUAAUAUAUGUCAAUAUAUGCACUCACCAACAUAACUUCUGAGCACAGACAUAAGAUUCAGACACAUUUUUAGAUUCAGUGUGGCCUUCACUGUCCAGGGACGUCGCUGAUGUCCAUCGGCAAUAAACGGCCAUAACUCCACUUAGACGCCAGAGAAGAAAGCGGCUGCAGAACCUGCCUGAGAAUCCUGCUGUUUCUGAGUUUCCUUCAGUCUCACAGUGAUCCAGAGACAGCUGUCUGUCCGUCCACGGGUCCACUGCAGACAGGAGCUGCUGACUGCUGGUUCGGCUGCUCUGAUGGGACAGUCUGACUAAGUGGAAACAAAUACAGGCUAAAAAAACCUGGCUCAGUUUGUAGCCCACAGCGUAACUAAAUGACACCGUGGCAACAUUAUACUUCCUGUUUACAUCCCACAAAGUAUUAUAUUAUGGGGGGUUGAUUUUGUCUGAGGGGGCCCCCUGCUCAGUCAGGCAACAUUUUCUCAUGCAGUGUGGUAGUUUAGCCACAGAGAGGCGCUGCUGCCUGUUCAAUGUCUCAGCAGCAGAAUGAUUAAAGGGUCCGUUCACCCGAAUCACACACACCGGAAACAAAACUGUCCUUUAACUUACCUCAAGUUUAUGCAGCCGUGCAGAUAGUGAGAUUCCUUCCUCCACCGCAGUACAAUGAGAAAUCUCUCAGGGACAGAGCUCAAACCCUCGGCACGAAAAACUGUCUGCAUGUGUCCAAGAGGAAAUGUUUUGACUUUCUUUUGUGAUUUCGGGGACUUACUAACCGCAUUGCAUUAUGGGUUGUACCGGUUGUGGAUACUUUGACAGAAGAGACCAUCCGGAAACAAACGUGCUGCCCCACAGUGACUCCGCCCGCCUCCCAGCUCCUGUGUUUCGGAAACUCUCGGGAUGUUUCGGUGCACUCAAGUGUUUUAAUGUGACUCAGAGAUAAGUGUAGUACACCUAAAGGUAAAAUGAUACCAGCUGCUAGAACAGCAAACACCAGAAUACUAUAUAACAUUUUAAGAAAUGAUACUUCUUCUGUAUUAAUAUAAAAAUGAAAUAUAAGAGUAAAGUGUCUUUUGUGAAUUCACUUUGUCCGAAGCCUUUUGCCACUGAAUUAAAAUGGUUGAUUUGUGACUUAAAUGCAAGGCUGCGCGACCAUCUGGGCGAAGACGGGAACUGCCCUGUGGCCCCCAGACCUCCAGGGGCCCCGAAGAUCUCCAGGGGCCCCAGAACUCCAGGCUUACAGUGUGUCAGCUGGUUUGAUUUGUUUAUUACCCGAUCUUCCAUAAUUACUGUUUAAUCACGUGAGCACACAGGUGACAGUCUCCAUCUCAUCAGGUCGUCUCUGUCCGUAACUCAGUGUUGGUUUCGUUAAAAAACAAACGGCUGCAUUACAAUCAAGAAAAAUGAAAUAAAGUAGCAUUAUUCCGCUUUAUACAAACUGGACACUUUGCACAGAGAACGUGGGGUUAACGGGCCCAGCUGCUCAUUUUGGCCCCCGGGGCCCCCCCUGCAGGUUUAAAUGCCCGAGUCCCGAUGAAUUGACCAAACCUCCAGCCGUCCCCCUUUUCCCACGCUUUUAUUGUGACUUUCCCCAUGCGCCAUGCUUUUAUUCUGAAGGCCACUUCCUGUCACUUCCUGUAUUGUGCCUGUUAAAUGGCGUGAACUUGACUCAGCUGCUGCAGCGGACUCCCAGCAGCAGCUCUGCCCGGUCGCUGCCGUCGGACGGACGGACUGAGGGUCACCGGACGCACCGAGUCCCUGCUGUACUCCAGCGGACCUGAUUGAAGACUGCACGAUACACACAAGUGAGACUGCUGUGUAAACCUGCAGAUGUGCGAGGACACACGCCGCUGAUGUCAUCACGGUAGGACUGCAGGCCGAUAAUGAUGAUGUCGGAGAAUCUGGAGCAGAGUGAUGAUGUCAGCAUCCUGCCCCCCCAUGAGGUGGAGCCCCCCCGGGAGGAGGACGGACACUGCCCCCUGCCGUUCAGGCUGCAGCUGAUCGACGACCUGUCCUACGAAGAUGUGAAGAAGUGCUACAGAGGAUCAACUGUCAGCAAGUACAACUCUCAGUACCACAAACUGUUCCAGACCGUCCCUAAAGAGGAGAUCCUGAUGAAAGUGUAUUCAUGUGCGUUGUUAAGAGACAUCCUGCUGCAGGGACGACUCUACAUCUCCAGGAACUGGCUGUGUUUCUACGCAAACCUGUUUGGUAAAGACAUCAAGGUGUGUAUACCAGUGGUGUCAGUCCGGCUGGUGAAGAAACACAAGACGGCCGGCCUGGUGCCAAACGGCCUGGCUAUCACCAUGGACACCGGACAGAAGUAUGUGUUUGUGUCUCUGCUGUCCAGAGACAGCGUCUACGACGUCCUCAGGAGGAUCUGCACUCACCUGCAGGUGAACGGGAAGAGUCUGAGUCUGAAGCAGUACCUGGAGGAGCCCAGCUCUCUGUCUAUGGAUGAGUUUCCAGAGGUGUUGAAGUGGAGGAGGAAGCCCUCGCUCCCCGCCGUCUCCUCGUCCCUCCCAGACCUGCUGGGAAACUCCUCCCCCGGCCUCACCGCAGACACGCCCUUCAGCACGCACACGCUCACCGACAGCAGUUUGGAAACGGAGAAGAUCCUGCUGACAGAACCAGUACCUGAACUGGGUCACAUGGAGUACCAGCUGCUGAAACUCUUCAUCCUGCUCGUCUUCCUGUUGGUCCUGUCGUCCUGCUAUCUGGCCUUCAGAGUCUGUCGUCUGGAGCAGCAGCUGAGCUUCCUGAGCAGCCAGCCGACCCUGAGAGAGAGGUGUGGAGAGGUGCCCUGCUGGCUGGCCAAUCAGAGGACAGGAACCUGACGCUGAAGCCAAUCGGGGGAGUAAAGAAGAAAUCUGCACUUACAUAGACUUCCCAUUAGGGGGCGGCGGUGAGAGGAGACAGACGACUGCAGCGGCCGUCAGCAGCUGAACUCUGACCCCGCCAUGACCUGGUUACCAUAGAGACGUCACAAUAGUCAACAGAAACGGUAGACUGACCUCUGACCUCUGAGGACGGAGUGUUUGAGUGGACAUGUAGAGGUCACGUAGAGGUCAGGAGAAACGACAACAUGCUGUAACAUAACAUGAGAUGUAGAUUUAUCCUGUGAAGCAGACUGAAAUCACUGGUGUGUGUGUGUGUGUGUGUGUGUGUGUGUGUGUGUGUGUGUGUGUGUACUUAGACCUUAUGGUUCCUCAUAAAACUUCUUCUAACACACACUGACUGUUAGGUCUGUGUAGGUAGUUCAGGUUAACAUGUUCUUAUGCAGACACCGUUGGAGCUGCUGGCUCCUCACUCUGUGUUUUUCUUUAAACGAUCUAAAUGUUACUGAACACAGAAACUCUGGACUCUCCUGGACAAAGCAAACAUCAUACAGCUUCAUGUUCUGACCGCCACUUUGAAUUAUUUCAGCUUCGUUUCUGAGAAAACGGGGGGGUUUUUCUGUCAGUUUGGAGGUCGGGUCUAAGUACUACAAUACCCAUGAGCCUCAGCUGCUGUUGCUAUGGAGAAGAAGCCAGUCAGAGGUGUCAAUCAGAGCGGUAACGAAUUUAAAACACAUUAUAAAAUCUGUUUUCUCAGCAGUGAACUCUUUAGCGUCCGCUCACCGUUAACGUGAAGCCCUCUGAUUGGGUGUUACAUGCCAGAAUGCACCAUGGGAGUCGUAGUCGACUUCUCUCCUUCAGCGUUUACGUCCACAGGCUUCUUGUAUCUUUCACAGAUAUUUUCUAACACAGAAGUUCCUUUAUUCUGACGAUUCGACCAGCAGAGCCUCAUGUCCGUGAAGAGUCACAUCGAGGCCUUGUGAAGACUUCUGAGACACAAACCGGCACUGAGUCGGUGCUCGUGUUCGUCACAACUGUCUUCCCCUCAUCGCGAGCUGUCUCAGUUAGCUAACUACAGUUCCACCUGCAGCUGUAAAUAUUUAGCAACAACUAAUCUGUACGCGAGAACUAGUCAGUGAGGUGCAACCUGUUUUAAUGCAGUGACGAUGAAACUCCACCGAGUUCUAACACAAGUGUAGACUAAGUUUGAACUUUGAACUCCAUUUUCUGCACAGUCAGUGUUAGCGACUGACAUCAAACCUCAGGAGGAGAGUGCGCUGUAACUCCCAGAGACAUCGCUGUUAGAAACUUCAAAUGAAAAAGAUUCAGUUUGUGUUGCUGCACCACUGACGGAGCGGCAACAGCACUAUUUUAUUUACAAAAAAAAAAGAGUUCUCUCGAUGGUCGUAACAUAACUCAUUCAAUCGUCCGGGAGAGUCCUGUGUUGCUACGUUGAGAAACAUUUAAGUUAUUAAUUAAAGAAAACUCUCAAAUGCAAACUAAUGUUCGUCUUCUGGAAGCUGCAGCUCUGCCCACCUCACUGCUCUGUAGGUGUUGUGUUUCCUGCCAUUUCCAUUCAUAUCUCAACUGACCAAUUUAACAUAAAAACUUGUUAUUAGAAGUCAGACUUUUUAAGAUAUACAAAGUGCCAGAAUUCAGAAUAGCAUCUGUAAAAACUUAAAUAAUGGAAAUCAGUAACAAUUGCUGCCUUAAACUCACGAUGUAGUCUGACAUUGUUUUUAAUAAAUAUUUAUGUGAAGAAUUGAAGCCAUUUCCUACUAAAGGCUGAGUGUUACUGUUAGUGUCACCGCCCCUAAAUGUGAACCUGAAUCCUUUUGUUUUCCACUCAAUCUGUGACAUGAUGCGUUUGUAUGACGAGAAUGUUAAAGUAGGUGAUAACUUACCAGAGCUGGACUCCUGCGUAAAAACCACCUUCAACUCUGCCUGUUGGAUAAAAACACACAGUAAAAUGUUGGUGCGCGAGGUGGAUUGAUACGGCUGAAAUGAAGAGUUUAUAUUUGAUGCACUUACAGGGCGGAGAAAAUGGAAGUAGAGCUCAGGAGGAGGAGGAAAGACAUGGUGCUUUUUGGAUGUCUGUUUUAACGCAUUGUAGCUCCGGCUGUAACACAAAUCACUAAUAAACACAUUUCCAUCUCCUCA